ACUGGCGGGCCGGCGCGGGGCUGCCGCGCGUGACGGGCCGGCCGAGGCCGCCGGGCUGUGUCCGGAGCCGCUCGAGGAAGCUCCGCAGGACGGAGGACACGCUGGAGCCGCCGCUGGGGCCCGCUCGCCCGCCGCCGCAGCCGUCGCCGCCGCCUGCUUCCCCGGCCGGGCCUCCGCCGCCCCUGCCGCCCCCCGUGCCGGAGCCAUGGCCGGCGCCGCGUCCCCCUGCGCUAACGGCUGCGGGCCCGGCGCGCCCUCGGACGCCGAGGUGCUGCACCUCUGCCGCAGCCUCGAGGUGGGCACCGUCAUGACUUUGUUCUACUCCAAGAAGUCGCAGCGGCCCGAGCGGAAGACCUUCCAGGUCAAGCUGGAGACGCGGCAGAUCACGUGGAGCCGCGGCGCGGAUAAGAUCGAGGGGGCCAUUGACAUUCGUGAAAUCAAGGAGAUACGCCCAGGGAAGACCUCUCGGGACUUUGAUCGCUACCAAGAGGACCCUGCUUUCCGACCAGAUCAGUCGCACUGCUUUGUCAUCCUGUAUGGGAUGGAAUUCCGCCUGAAGACCCUGAGCCUGCAAGCUACAUCUGAGGAGGAAGUGAACAUGUGGAUCAAGGGCUUAACUUGGUUGAUGGAGGAUACUUUGCAGGCGGCCACACCCCUGCAGAUUGAGAGGUGGCUGCGGAAGCAGUUCUACUCAGUGGAUCGAAACCGUGAGGACCGUAUAUCAGCCAAGGACCUGAAGAACAUGCUGUCCCAGGUCAACUACCGGGUCCCCAACAUGCGCUUCCUUCGAGAGCGGCUAACGGACCUGGAGCAGCGCAGCAGCGACAUCACCUAUGGGCAGUUUGCUCAGCUGUACCGCAGCCUCAUGUACAGCGCCCAGAAGACGAUGGACCUCCCUUUCUUGGAAGCCAGUGCCCUGAGGGCUGGGGAGCGGCCAGAGCUCUGCCGAGUGUCACUUCCUGAGUUCCAGCAGUUUCUCCUCGAGUACCAGGGGGAGCUGUGGGCUGUUGACCGGCUCCAGGUGCAGGAGUUUAUGCUCAGCUUCCUCAGAGACCCCUUGCGAGAGAUUGAGGAGCCAUACUUCUUCCUGGACGAGUUCGUCACCUUCCUAUUCUCCAAAGAGAACAGUGUGUGGAACUCACAGCUGGAUGCAGUGUGCCCAGACACCAUGAACAACCCUCUCUCCCACUACUGGAUCUCCUCCUCGCACAAUACGUAUCUGACCGGGGACCAGUUCUCCAGCGAGUCCUCCCUGGAAGCCUAUGCUCGCUGCCUGCGGAUGGGCUGUCGCUGCAUUGAGUUGGACUGUUGGGACGGCCCAGACGGGAUGCCUGUCAUUUACCACGGACACACCCUUACCACCAAGAUCAAGUUCUCAGAUGUCCUGCACACCAUCAAGGAGCAUGCCUUUGUGGCCUCAGAGUACCCGGUCAUCCUGUCCAUCGAGGACCACUGCAGUAUUGCCCAGCAAAGGAACAUGGCCCAGUACUUCAAGAAGGUGCUCGGGGACACACUCCUCACCAAGCCUGUGGACAUCGCCGCAGAUGGGCUGCCUUCACCCAAUCAGCUCAAGAGGAAGAUCCUUAUCAAGCACAAGAAGCUGGCUGAGGGUAGUGCCUAUGAGGAAGUGCCUACAUCUGUGAUGUACUCAGAGAACGACAUCAGCAACUCCAUCAAGAAUGGCAUCCUCUACCUGGAGGACCCUGUGAACCAUGAGUGGUAUCCCCACUACUUUGUUCUGACCAGCAGCAAGAUCUACUACUCUGAGGAGACCAACAGUGACCAGGGCAAUGAGGAUGAGGAGGAGCCCAAGGAGACCAGCGGCAGCACAGAGCUGCACUCCAACGAGAAGUGGUUCCAUGGGAAGCUCGGGGCAGGACGGGACGGGCGGCACAUCGCCGAGCGCCUGCUCACCGAGUACUGCAUUGAGACCGGGGCCCCCGAUGGCUCCUUCCUAGUGCGCGAGAGCGAGACCUUUGUGGGCGACUACACCCUCUCUUUCUGGCGGAACGGGAAAGUCCAGCACUGCAGGAUCCACUCUCGGCAGGAUGCUGGGACCCCCAAGUUCUUCUUAACAGACAACCUCGUCUUUGACUCCCUCUAUGACCUCAUCACACACUACCAGCAGGUGCCCCUGCGCUGCAAUGAAUUUGAGAUGCGCCUCUCAGAGCCUGUCCCACAGACCAAUGCCCACGAGAGCAAAGAGUGGUACCACGCAAGCCUGACCAGAGCACAGGCUGAGCACAUGCUGAUGCGUGUCCCCCGUGAUGGUGCAUUCCUGGUGCGGAAACGGAAUGAGCCCAACUCUUACGCCAUAUCCUUCCGGGCCGAGGGCAAGAUUAAGCAUUGCCGUGUCCAGCAGGAGGGCCAGACUGUGAUGCUGGGCAACUCGGAGUUUGACAGCCUCGUUGACCUCAUCAGCUACUAUGAGAAGCAUCCACUGUACCGCAAGAUGAAACUGCGCUAUCCCAUCAACGAGGAGGCGCUGGAGAAGAUUGGCACAGCUGAGCCUGACUACGGGGCCCUGUAUGAGGGACGCAACCCUGGCUUCUAUGUGGAAGCAAACCCUAUGCCGACUUUCAAGUGUGCAGUUAAAGCCCUCUUUGACUACAAGGCCCAGAGAGAGGAUGAGCUGACUUUCACCAAGAGUGCCAUCAUCCAGAAUGUGGAGAAGCAAGAGGGAGGCUGGUGGCGAGGGGACUAUGGUGGGAAGAAGCAGCUGUGGUUCCCAUCCAACUACGUGGAAGAAAUGGUCAGUCCAGCGGCCCUGGAGCCUGAAAGGGAGCACUUGGACGAGAACAGCCCUCUGGGGGACUUGCUGCGGGGGGUCUUGGAUGUGCCAGCUUGUCAGAUUGCCAUCCGUCCUGAGGGCAAGAACAACCGGCUCUUCGUCUUCUCCAUCAGCAUGGCGUCCAUGGCACACUGGUCCCUGGAUGUUGCUGCUGACUCUCAGGAGGAGCUGCAGGACUGGGUGAAAAAGAUCCGAGAAGUGGCCCAGACCGCAGAUGCCAGGCUCACUGAGGGGAAGAUGAUGGAACGGAGGAAGAAGAUUGCCCUGGAGCUCUCCGAGCUUGUUGUCUACUGCCGACCUGUUCCUUUUGAUGAAGAGAAGAUUGGCACAGAACGUGCAUGCUACCGGGACAUGUCAUCCUUUCCGGAAACCAAGGCUGAGAAAUAUGUGAACAAGGCCAAAGGCAAGAAGUUCCUCCAGUACAACCGGCUCCAGCUCUCCCGCAUCUACCCCAAGGGCCAGCGGCUGGACUCCUCCAAUUACGAUCCCUUGCCCAUGUGGAUCUGUGGCAGUCAGCUGGUGGCCCUCAACUUCCAGACCCCAGACAAGCCUAUGCAGAUGAACCAGGCCCUCUUCAUGGCCGGCGGGCACUGUGGCUACGUGCUGCAGCCAAGCACCAUGCGGGACGAGGCCUUCGACCCCUUUGACAAGAGCAGCCUCCGUGGGCUAGAGCCAUGCGCCAUCUGCAUCGAGGUGCUGGGGGCCCGGCAUCUGCCGAAGAAUGGCCGAGGCAUUGUGUGUCCUUUUGUGGAGAUUGAGGUGGCUGGAGCUGAGUAUGACAGCACCAAGCAGAAGACAGAGUUUGUGGUGGACAAUGGACUGAACCCCGUGUGGCCAGCCAAGCCCUUCCACUUCCAGAUCAGUAACCCCGAAUUCGCCUUCCUGCGCUUUGUAGUGUAUGAGGAAGACAUGUUUAGUGACCAGAACUUCCUGGCCCAGGCUACUUUCCCGGUGAAAGGCCUGAAGACAGGAUAUAGAGCGGUGCCUUUGAAAAACAACUACAGUGAGGACCUGGAGCUGGCCUCCCUGCUCGUCAAGAUCGACGUUUUCCCUGCCAAGCAGGAGAACGGCGACCUCAGUCCCUUCAGUGGUACGUCCCUGCGGGAACGGGGCUCUGAUGCCUCGGGCCAGCUGUUUCAUGGCCGGGCCCGGGAAGGCUCCUUUGAAGCCCGCUACCAGCAGCCAUUUGAGGACUUUCGCAUCUCCCAGGAGCACCUUGCAGACCAUUUUGACAGUCGGGAACGAAGGGCCCCACGAAGGACUCGGGUCAACGGAGACAAUCGCCUCUAGUUGUGUCCCAGCCUCGUUGAGAGCAGCGGGUGCUGUGCGCCUCACAGAACGCCGUGAACUGGGUUCUUUGGAAGUGGGCUGCCGUGGCACCCUUCCUGGUCUUGCAGCCUGGCGCCUGGAUUCCAGCAGUGAAUGCUAGACAAAAACCAAGCCAUUAAUGAGAUGUAUUACUGUUUUGGGCCUCCACACCCCAGCUCUGGGUGAAGGCAAAAACUGUCCUGUGUCUCGCAUUAAGCACACAUCUGGCCCUGACUUCUGGAGAUGGAUCCUUCCAUCUUGUGGGGCCAGGACCACGGCUGCAGCCCCUUGGAGAGGGAGGCUGCUGCAGCCAGCGGCGCAGGAGGCUGAGAGGAGCCAUUGACGUUCCUGAGAGAGGAAGAGGAGCAGCAGCCUUGCUGGACCAGGGAAACAAAGUUUACAUUGUCCUGUAGCUUUAAAACCACAGCCAGGCAGGGUGGGAGGGCAGAUGCCCCCACAGUCUGGCCUUGGAGCCAGGGUGGAAGAGCACAGGGCCUGCCUGGAGAGGGGCUCUGCCUGCCCAAAGAGGACAGCACAGCACAAGGGCACAUUGCCCACGGCUGGGAACACUACCCAGCCUGAAAGAUACAGGGGAUCAUGUUAAAAAUAGCAGUAUUGGGCAGCCCAGCCGCUGCACAAGGGGCCAGAGGAGGAGGUGGCUGAGCCUUAGGGUGCCACCUGGAGCAAGGACAGCAGCAACUCGGAGCCAUGGGAGGAUGAGGGCCAGAGCUGGGUGUACUGCUCCAGGCUGCACUGUUGCCCAGAGCCAGGGUGCGAUCUGAUGCCAACACCCUGGACGUGAGCCUGGAGGACCUGCUCACCAGGGUGGACAAGUUUGUGGGCGUGCUACAUGGCGACUUCUCCCACGUCGUCAUCAGGGGUGUGCCUCGAGUUUACAUGAAGGCCACCUGGAUGAGAUGCGGCAGGUCUACAGCAAGAUGGACAGCCUUUGUCAGAAUGAUUGGCGUCAGCGUGGCCAGAGUGGAGAAGCAAGUCACCAAGGCAGAGGCUGAGCUGGGGAUGUUCCCCAGUACAUUCAGGAAACUCCUGCACACAGUCAACGUACCCUCCUUCAGCAAGGCGCCCUCCAGCAGGCCCCAGCAGACCAGCUACGAACCCCCGUCUUGUUCCGGACCAAAGACCACUUUCCCUUGUUGCAGUGAAAGACCUUGGGUGUGAGUCUGCUAGCCAACACUGCAAGAGGACGCUGAGAUUAUCUCGAGUAUUAAAUCCAUUGAAAAUCCUACUAAUAGACAUCCAUGAUGUUGGAGAGUAUGGAAUUUUACAGUUUAUUUUUUGCACACCCUAUUUCUCACUGUCUUCAUUAUUUCACGUAGGAUGUAUGAUUUUCUAUGUCUUCCACUUCUAACCUGAAAGCUGCUUGGUGGGGGGACUGGAGAAGCAAAAUGGAUCUGUGCGCUGUGGCAGAACUGUUAUUUUUAUGGAUUUUACAGCUCAACUAACAGUGUUACCUUUUCAAAAUUUAUAUAUACUCCUAAAGCCUUGUUAUUAUUUGAUCCUAAUAGUGAUUCAGUUUUCUAUAGCUUACUUUUAGGGUAGAUGGUAAAUUAUUUAACAUUAUAUUAAACUUUCCAUAUCAUGGAUAGUAAACCGAAGGAAAUUAUACAAUUUCUGAGAAAAUGUAUUGAUUUAUUUAAACUAAUUCUGAAGUUGUAUUUGAAAAUAUGACCUCACAAUCUUAAUUUGUCCAUAGCAAACAUGUCUAUAUAUGGUUGCAACAUUUGGUUUAUAAUUUAAAUAUUAAUAAAGGUUUUAAAUUUUA